AUGCGCCGACACGUGGGCGGGCGUUUCACGCCCCCGAGACGCGCCUCGAGCGGAUCCUACCCGGACUCAAGGGCCGGUGCACGCCGCGCGCCGACGAGCAGCUCCGACGACGCUGGCGCGGCGGUCAAAGCCUCUGUCGGCGGACCGUCAGAUCUGGAUGGGGAGGAUGGGGAGGAGCGCACGCCCGCGGACGCCUCCGAGCGAGACGACGACGCGCGCGCGAGUUUGCGGGACGUGGACAUCGGCGCUCGUGAGGAACCCGGCGAACGCGUUCGCGUCCUCGACGACGAGCGCGUGGACGCGGAUUCGGAAACGGACGCGCACGAGGACGCGCACGAGGACCGCGACGAUCACGCGACUUCGGGGGAUCGACAGUGUUCCGGAGACGACGACGACGAGGAGGAGGAGCGAACGGAGGAAGAGUCCGCGAGCGACGGCGGCGAUAGCCUUGCCGACCACUCAUCCGCGGACGCCUCCCUGAACGCGCUCGACCCGGACAACCUGCGGGUCCUCCAGUCGUACGGCUUGCGACCGCAGAUGUCCUACGAAUCCUCCGAAAACGAGACGGGCUCCGACGACAACCUCCUCGAUGACGACGACGGGCACGUGGCGGCCGGCUCGGCACCCUCGGCACCCUUGCCGCCGACGUGGCGGGCGGCGAUAUCAGCCUCGCUGCGCCUGAGCCGCGAGUUUUCGGGACUGGCGAAUGAUUCAUCUGAGUCAUCGUCGUCGGAGGAGGAGGAGGAAGACGACGGCGACGUCACGUUUCCAUGGUCCGCCGGGUCCUCGCUCGACGAUACGCUGAACGCGUCGACGCGCGCCGCCGCGCACGAGAUGCUCCGCGCGGCUGAUGUCUCGCACGAGGUCGCCUCGCUCUUCGCGGCGAGGGUUCCUCGAGGCGUCGCGACGAGCUGGGAGGACGCGAGGCGGGGUAUCGACCUCGACGCGGUGUGCGCCGAGCGCUUCGGCGGCGGCGAUGAGAGCGUCGAUCCGACGCCGUCCACGCGCGCGUUCGAACCCCCGUGCGAUCGAUCCUUCGGUUUCUCCGACGACGCGGCGUGCAUCGCGGAGGCGGCGGCGGCGUCGACGGCGUUUUGCCCGCGGAAGCCGCGGGCUCGAGCGGCUCGAGCGUUUGCCGACGUAUCCUUCGUCGCGGAUCUGCUCGAAGAGUUACCCGGGGUCGACCCGUCGGAUGCGAGGAUCGCGUGCGUCCUCGCGGCGGUCACCGUCGAGCACGCCGAGGAGCUCCAGCGCGGCGAAGGCGGGCACGGGCGAAGGCGGGGGCGGGCGAAUCGCGCAACCGCGGGGUCUUUCCCGCGGGUGUUGGCACCGGCGGCGGGGCGCGGCUUGGGCGCGAUGGCACGAAGGGAGCUCGCCGGCGGCGGCGGCGGCGGCCGGGGGGGCGGGAUGGGAGGACGGGCGGGCGGAACUGGAGGACGGGCGGGCGGGGCGACGAGCGACGAGACGCGCGAGUCGCGGGGCGGACGUAGGAACGUAGGUCGGUCGCGGUGA